AUGAGUAACUCGAUAUGCUCUCAUGAGAAUGUCAAAGUAAAACAAAUUGUUACUUUAUUUGAAGAAGUACAAAAUCGUUAUGUUAACAAAUUAUUAAGUAUCAACGAUAAACAUAUCACAAGUGAAGAACGAUAUAAACAAAAACUCGCGAUCUAUGAAAGUUAUGUCAACGAUCUUUCGCUGCAAACACGAUUACUGUUGCAAAGCAUUGAUGAGCUCGCAAAAGAAGCGAACCAACGUGUUUCCGCACUUGAAAAUAAACUAAAAAGAUCGACACAGGUAGGUGAAAACGAACUUUUCCAACUCAUUUUCGCUCUUCUCUUCCCGCAGCAACAUGAUGCACCAAAACCAGUCGAUACUUUUGAAAGCGAAAAAUGGAAACUAGGCCAUGAAAAUCUCGAUUUGAAACACGAUUUGAAUGCGUUAAUAGCGUUCAUCAAUACGGCGAAGCGUACAGGAAAGUGGAAUAUGAAGCAACUUCAAUUAAAAAGCCUUUCACUCGAUCGAAUAAAUAAUGAGAAAUUCUCGACAUCGAUACCGUUACAUAAAGAAAUUCAAUCGCGCGAUGAACGGAUUCAGAUUCUGCAAGCAGAGAAUGAAUAUUUGAAAAAAAUUCAAAUGGACAUAUCGAAACAAGCAGCGAAACUACCUUCGUUGUUAGUCGAUGAUGGUUACAAAGAAAAAUACGAAAUUCUUUCGAACAAAGUCGAUGAUCUUCGCUCGCAAUUAGGAGAAGAAUGUCGAAAGAGUGAAACUCUCAAGAUCGACGUCAAUUCAAAAACUGUUCAAAUAAGAAAUCUUCAAGAGGAAUUGAACGAAAAGAAACAACAAUACGAAGAACGUAUUCAUGAUUUAUCAACAAAAUUAAAGACAAUCUCGGAUCGCCAUCGAGAAUCAACUACCGCCAUCAACAAUGAUAACAAAAUGAAAAAGCAACACAUUGAACAAUUGACACAACAAGUCGAACAAAUCGGCAAUGAGCGACGGGAUUUACACCGGCAGUGUUGUGUAAAAGACGCGACAAUUAGUGAUCUUCAAGUGCAGAUUCAAACUUUAGAACGACGUGUUCAUCCAGUCGAAGUAACCGUGCCGAAAGCUGAUUACGACAAACUGAAUAACGAGUUACAAAUAUCACAGAAAAACUCAGAAUCGUUGAUGAAUCGGAUUCAAACAGGCGAAGAAUUGAACUCGAAACUCGAACAAGACCUUCGAUUGUUUAAAAAAUUUCAUGAUGAACAGUUCGAACAACAAAUCAAAACGAACGCCGCCAAUGUUGACCAACUGCAAACAGAAAUCCGAACGUUAAAACAAACUUGUGCAGAGCAAGCAAAUCAAUUUCACAAACAAACCUUGGAGUUUCGUACAUGUCAAGAACAUCUGGCGAGUGAAAAGGCGAAAAAUCAAAUCAAUGAACAAGAAAAGCAACGAUUAAAUAAACUAAUUGAAACAUCCAAUGACAAAGUAGAGAAAUCAGCGAAUGAUUUGAAGCAAAGUUCAAUGAAAAUUGAAUUAUAUGAACAAGGAAUCAAUGAAUUGAAAUCACGAAUGAAUCUUCUCGAAAAUAAACUAAUUGAAACCGUAAAAAUCAUCGAUGAUCAAAAUAAAACGUUGCAGAACUACGAAGAACAAGUCGAUCAGAUUCAAACCGAUUUAUCCGUCAAACAAAAACAACUGCUUGACAAACAAACGCGUAUCGAUGAAUUAGAACGAAGUCUUACGAGCAAAAUAAAUGAAUACGUUCAAUUGAAUGAAAAAUAUCAAACAGAGCUCAAUAAACAUCAAGAAAAAGACAAAUUAUCAAAUGAAAGUGCUUCAAAAGCAGCAAAUGAUAUCCAACAUUUACAACGAGAGAUUGAACGUCUAUCCACGUCGUUGUUUGAAUGCGAGCGAACGAUAACAAAACAGAAUGAGCAACGUCAACAGUGCAACAAUGAAUUUCGAUUAAAGCAGGAAGAAUUUCAUCAGAUCGAAAAAUCGUUGAACAAACAACUAAGUAUCAAACAAGAUCAACUCGUUCGAUACGAUCAGAAUCUUCAUGAAGCUGAAAUCAAGUGUAAAUACGCUCAGGAAGAAUGUUUAAUCCAAGAAAAGGAAAUCGCACGAUUAAAUCUCGUUCAAGAAGAACAAGAAACCAAAAUGAAACUGUUACAAAAAGAUUUCUUACAAAUUCAACAACAGAAAGAUGUGUUGAGUUUGGAAUACGAGCGAUGCAAAGUUGAUCUACAUAACAUGAAACAUCACCGAGAGGAUGAAAAUCGAACUUAUAGUCAAGAAUUUGACAAAAUUAAUAACGAAUUGACCGCAUUGAGAAUUGCUGAAGUGACACUUUUGAAAACAAUUGAUGAACUGAAGGAGAAUCUUUCGAUUGUAACGAACGAGCGUGAUCAAAUUCGCGCACAGUAUAACAAUUACCAAGCGAAUUUGGAGAAUAUCCAACAAAUUCUUUACGACGAAUCCGAAUCCAGUUCGAAAUCAGCUGCGAAAGUUAUUCAAUUGACUCGACAACUCGAGGAUGAACAAAAACGUGCUAACGACUCGAAAUACCAGCUAAACGAACUUCAAAUGCAGUUAACAACCGCAUUGUUAACAAUCGAUACGGUCAAAGCUGAACUUAGUCAAUCGCGAUGUGUCAUUCAAGAAAAUCUUGAUAAAGAAAAUGAAUUCAAACAAAAUCUCGCUCGUAUGAAAACUUCCCUCAAUGAACGAAGCAGAUCGUUAGACGAACGUCAACGUGAGAUCGAGACACUCAAUCAAUUGAUGUCUCACUUACAAACUGAUUAUGAGAAAUCGAAAAGUGAUCUAUCUGUUUCACAAGACAAACUUGUUCAUAUGGAAGUGGAAAAUGAAACAUUGCGACGACAUUUACUCGAUAAGACGAACGAAAUAACGAGUUUAACCGAGCAUUUUCAGCAAAGUCAAUACGAUUUUCAUGUUUAUGAAAAAGAUCAUCGAUAUUCCAAUGAAGAAUACCUUCUCCACGAGCAGAAAAAGAAGAGCAUCGAGAAUGAAUUAAUUACGAUCACUCAUAAUUACGACAAACUUCAAAAAGAACAUCAAAAAUUGAACGAGAAUUUCAAUAAAUGUCAACACGAUUUACAACAGAACGAAAAAUCAGAUAUCGUUCACAAAGAACAAUUGAUGCAAUCAAUGGAUUGCGCAAAGAUUUAUAAACAAAAGCUGGCUUUGCUUGGCGAAUGUUUCAAAAUGAUCAUUCGCAAGGCAUCGGAAACCAGUGAACAAUGGGCAGAUUUGACAACGCAUCUUGAUGAAUUAAUAACAGACCUGAGUAACGAAACGGAGAGAUUUCACUUGCUUGGAGAAUGUUUUGAAAAAUCGAUUAAACUAUCGAAUCAAUUACAACUUCAACAUGAAGAUUCUCUUGGCCAAUUUUUCGCAUUGAAAUCAAACGUCGCCAAAAUUCAUCUACACUUAAGAGAAUACAAACAAAAAUCAUCGCAAAUGCACAAUGAAAAUCUGCAUUUACACGUCGAAGUCAAACGUUUACACGAGAAAAUCGAAAAUUACCACCGAAUAGAAAAUCUCAUGCGUAUAAAAUCCAAUGAACAAGAAAUCGGUUUACAACAACUGCGAAAAGAAUUAAACCAUGAACUUCAAGCUCGAUCCGAAGCUCAACGGCUCGCUGAACAAUUGACGAUGGAACGAAACCAGUUGCUAAAGAACAACUCUUCUGUGCAGAAAAAGAUCGAUAAACUUCAAAAAGACGUUUCGAGCUACGCGGAUGAAAAACGCGUACUUCAACAAACAAUCGACAAACUAGAAGAACAAUGCUCUUUGCAAAGUCAAUCAUUAGAGCAAAGUCAGCGAUCUUAUCAAGAUCAAAUCCACGAAUGCGAAUCUUUGUUAAUCUCGCUAAGCGGAUCAAAUAAGAAUUCGUUGCUUUUAUUAGAAGAAAAAACUCAGGAAUUGGAUACCGCUCGGUCAGAAAUGCAAUCUUUAAAACAUGAACAUUCAUCAAAGAUCGAACAAUUCGAAGAAACUAGUCAAGAAUUUCAACGACAUAUAGUUGCUUUGGAACAAUCAAUUAAAGAACAAAAACUUGUAAUACGAAAGCUCGAAAACGAACUCGAAGAAACAGCGAUAAAUUCAUCAGCGAAUAACACCGUGUGUGCAAAACAUGAUACAGAAAUCGACUUUCUUCAAUAUGAUUCUGUAUAUUUAUUCUCUUUCAAUCAUGUGAAUGGCAGUGAUCCAAGUAACGAAGGAAAUGAGAAAACUUUGCUACCAUUAGUUCACGAUCUAACAUUCGGUUUGAAUGAUCAUUUGAAUAGUCACAAGAAGUAUAAGUUAAUGAAAGCGUAUUCCAAACAACAACAGUUUCUAUUGAAUCAACUGGAAGCGCAAGUUCAUUUCUACGAAUCAAUAUUUCAACAACGUUGCUUACCUGCGAUUGAAUGUUCAUCAAUUUGUGAAGUUCUCAAUGAUAAUGAGCACUUCUAA